UGGUGUUACGGAUCAUACCGAUUGCUAUCUUUGGACUCCCGUCUCUCAGUAUAGUGAGAGGGAAAUCAUAAAAGGCUCAGCCCGAUGGGACCAUCACCCCAUCCUCUCAGCAAUACCCUAUAGGAUUAUACACUCAUUGUCGACAUGGGCGCGCCUCUAUACCAAGACUUUCCCACCUUCAAGGAACGGAUCGAGACUGGACUCUUCAUCAACAACGAGUUCGUUGAGAGCUCCGAUCGCUCGACUUUCGACCUCGUCUCACCCUUGAACAACAAGCUUCUCGCUAAAGUCAGCAGCGCUACCAAGGGAGAUGUAGACAAAGCUGUCGAUGCGGCCGAAGCUGCUUUUCCAGCCUGGUCGGCACUGACCGGCAAGCAGCGUGCAGGUUACCUUCGCAAACUGUCGGAUCGCAUCCUGGCUCACCGUGAACACCUCACUAACCUUGAGGUGAAUGCGAUCGGCAAGCCCAAGUCGACCCUAGAGUUCGAGUUUCAAUGGACUGUUGAAUUUCUCGACACUCUGGUUGCUCAAGCUGAGGCUAUCUACGGGAAUGUUUCGGUUAACCAGCCUGGGUUUAUGAAUUUGACCUACAAACAACCUUAUGGAGUUGUUGCUGGCAUCAUUCCAUGGAACUUGGGUACUCCUAUGAUGCUUUGGAAGAUUGGUCCAGCGGUCGCUGCAGGAAACUGCAUCGUCCUCAAGGCAUCAGAAAAAUCUCCCCUUAUUUCCAUCGAGGUUGCCAAGUGCAUCGUUGAAGCUGGCUUCCCCCCGGGAGUUAUCAACAUCCUUCAAGGAACCGGUCAGUCUGGCCAGUACAUCGCUGAACAUAUGAAGAUUCGCAAGCUGGCUUUUACUGGCUCAACUGCUACUGGUCGUCGUGUCCAGGCUGCUGCUGCCUUGAGCAACUUGAAAGUUGUUACACUUGAGCUCGGUGGAAAGUCCCCUUCGAUCAUCUUCGCAGAUGCCGAUCUGAAAUCGGCCGUUGAGACUGUUGCGUUGAGCUCGCUUGUUAACCUUGGACAAGUCUGCACGUCCAACACUCGCAUCUAUGUCGAGGAGUCAGUUGCGGACCAAUUCCUUGAGGGUCUCAAGCAAGCAUUCGCAGUCUGGACCUCUCUCCAGGGUGAUCCCAACGAUAACAACACACUCAUCUCCACAUUAGCCGACUCCAUCCAGACCAUGAACGUCAAUUCGCUCAUCGACGUCGCUAAGACGGAAGGGAAACUCGUCGUCGGUGGUGAGGGCAAGGGUGCUUUCGUUCAACCUACCAUCUUCAAGGACGUGGCUGAUGAUGCCAAGAUCAACACCACUGAAGUGUUCGGACCCGUGCUGGUCUACCACACUUUCAAAACGGAGGAGGAAGUUCUCAAACGGGCGAACGAUACCGAGUAUGGCUUGUUCUCUUCCGUCUUUACCUCCAACCUCGAUCGUGCCAUUCGUUUCUCGCGUAAGCUCGAGAGCGGAAUGGUCGGCAUUAAUUCUGCUUCUCCUCUACUUCAUUUCGAUGUACCGUUUGGUGGGUGGAAGCAGUCUGGUUAUGGGAAAGAAAUGGGUCCUCAUUGGGUUGAGAGCUGGACUCAGACCAAGACUGUCUACAUUAAGACUAACCUCUGAAGCCUAGAAAAUAAUGUACUUUACUUACGCGUGGGACACGUAAUCCGCUCGUGCUGUAAUUAUGAUCAUGACAUGCAUGCAUAGCUAAAUACAUUUCGUCCAUUCAUCCAACCUCGCCAUUUUGCGCCAACUACUUCCUUUCCUUUAUAAGACGAAAAUGGCUGGCGGUUGGCCUUAUGUGCAGGUCACGCCAUCAUCUGAAUCCGGCUAUAUGAUCCAGAUCGAUGUUCAUUUUUUUGUACCGCCGAAACACAGAACGUCCCUUCUUCAGAUCAAGACCCAUUGUACGGUAAGAUGAGCGAAAGACAGCCAUUCAAGAAACUCCCA